AUGCUUUCUGUCUUUGCUCUUCUGUUCAUUGCGCUUACUUGUGACGCUCUUACGUUGCCUUCGGGUGGUUUCAGCUCGCUGCCUGAACAGGCUCCUAGUGUCUGGCAACCAACAUCCAGUUCCACUCAAUCAACGAGUUCUGUGGCUACGGUGGGUUUUUCUGCUGCUCCUUCAAGCCCAGCAUCUUCUUCAAGCUCAACUGGUGCUAACUCGAACCCAAACGGGUACCAGGACCAGUUCCAGGGGAACCCUGCUGCUCAGCAGGCCUCUAGUCUGUCUGAACCUCAGUUUGUCCAGUCUAGUUCUUCCCAGACUGCUUAUCUGAGCUCUCUGGCUCAGGGCUACUCUGCUGAUCGUUUUGACGGCUCUCCACAGUCGUCUAGUGGAUCGCUGCCUUUCCAGGCCCUGCCUUUCCAGACUCUGUCUUACCAGCCUUCCCUGGCUCCACCUCUGGCUCCUUCUCUGGCUGCUCCUUCUUCGCUGGCCCAGUCCUCCUUCCAGCAAGCCUCUCUUGAGGCACAGCCAGCGCUGUCUUCCCAGCCUGUUGCCUCGUCGUCGUCGCCAUUCUCGUCGCCUGCUGCUAUCCCUAGUCUGAGUGCCCCAUUCAGCUCUAGCGCUUUCCUGUCACAACCUUCUAGCUCUGUGGAACAAAGCUCUCUGGAAGAACUGUUCUUUUCGGAACCUAGCUUGGCUGCCAGCUCAUCAAAUGAUGAAUCCAGCUUUGCGUCGUUUGGCAACUCGACUUACCAAACUACCGUGGUUACCACGAAACCUGUUACCUUGAACAAUGGCCAGCAUGGUGGUGCUACCACCGUUUACACGACCGAAGUAGUUACCCAGGUGGUGACUGUGAAUGAUGGUGGUGCCCAGGCCACCGGUGCUGGUUCUUCUGGCGGUUCCUCUCCUGGUGGAGACUCGCCAAAUGCUGGUAAUAAUAACGACGAAGCACAAACCACUGGUUCCCCUGACGAUACUGGCUCCGGCGGUUCUGGUGGUUCUGGUGGUGGUGCUGGCUCUCCUGGUGAUGAUGCUGGCUCUCCUGGUGAUGACGCUGGCGGUGACCAGACUACUCAAACUGUCAUUCGUACAAUUACACUUGACGAUGCAGCUCCUACUGGCUCUUCUGGAAACGAUGGCUCUUCUGGAAACGGUGGUUCUGGAAAUGGUGGUUCUGGAAAUGGUGGUUCCGGCUCUGGCUCUGGCUCUGACGAUGGUCAGCCAGGAGAUGGCUCUGGCUCUGGCUCUCCAACUACUGACACGCCUGUUUUGCCUUCUUCGCCUGGUCUGGGAGGUUACGGUAACAACAACACUGUUUCUUCGAACAGCUCCAACUCUACUCAGAGUCUCACUUCUUUGCCAAACAAUGAAUCACUGGGUAACUCAACAGCUACAAGUGGUUCUAGCUUUGCUCUGAGUUCUGCAACCAUUUCUGGUGGAGUCCAGCUCCCUAACCAGUCUAGCUCUCUUCCUGGCGCCGAAGCCUCUUACUGA